AUGAUGAGUUUGAAAGAGACAAUCAAUCAAAUUUUUAAUAAUAAUACCAAUUAUUUGCAUGCACAACAAAUACUUAAUCAAGCUCGAUCACUCAAAUCUUUAUCGAAUGAUUUAUAUACUGAUCCACUUCGUUUUGUUUAUGAACUUGUACAAAAUUGUGAUGAUGCUUGUCAGCCAAAAUCUAUAGUACGCAUUGCCAUUGUGGAUCAUCAUUAUUUAAUUGUUGGUCAUAAUGGAAAACCAUUUGACAGAGAAGAUGUACAAAGUCUAUGCGAUAUUGGAUGUAGUACAAAAGGAGAAGAUAUGCAAAAAACUGGUUAUAAAGGUUUGGGAUUUAAAGCUGUUUUUGGAAAAUCUGAUUAUAUAUUAAUUGUAUCUAAAGGAGAAUAUUUUCGAUUUGAAGCUAAUUCUAAAGUAUUUCAAUGGAAUCCAAAAUGGGGAAUUAAUCAAAUAACAUGGGAACAAAUAAAUAAUAGAAAAUUUGAAUUUCCUUGGCAAAUAUGUCCUAUUUGGACUGAAAAAAAUGAAAUACCUGAAUCAAUUCAAAAAUGGCUUUUAGGACAAUCAGAUACUGUAGCAACUAUAAUUCGUUUGAAAAAUGUUGAAGAAACACAAAAUGCUAUCAGACAACUAACAGAUCAAUCUCAUGUAUUUAUGUUUCUUCGAAAUAUUAGAACUGUUCGAUUUUCUUUUAAUUCUUCAAAUGAGACAAGUUUAAACAUUACUAUUCUUCGAGAUGGAUCUGUAAAAGUUGUAUAUGAUUGGCAUUUUAUAUCACAUUGGUUAUUAUGUACAUGUAAUAUAGAUGUUCCUGAUAAUGCACGAAAUGAUUUUCGUUUACCAGAAAAACUUCAAAAUGCAAAACAAACUGAAAUUAUUCUUGCUGCAAAAAUUGAUAGAAAUGAUAAUAUUGGAAGUGUUAAAGGUCAUAAUAAUGCACUAUUUGCUUAUCUACCAACAAAAAUAACAACCUACGAUUUACCUAUAUUAGUCAAUGCUAAUUUUUUAACUAAUGCUAGUCGAGAACAUAUUCAUACAGACUCCGUAUGGAAUCAAUUUCUUUUUUCUCGUAUUCCACAUGAAAUGCUCAAAUGGAUAGGAACACUUGGAAAACAAUCUAAAUGGCGUGAUAAAGCUCUUGAUCUUUUACCUAAUCAUAUUGAUAUCAAAGACAAUCUUGCUACAAAAUACAAUGAAAAUUGUUCAAAUGCAGCUACAGAAGUACCUUUUGUACUAAAUACUUUUAAUAAAUUGUUAAAAGUUAGUGAAGCUGCAAUCGAUGUGACAGGCUUUUCAAAUACAGAUUGCAUUGGAAAUGAUUUAAUUCGUGAUUUUAUUUUACGUACUAUCUCUCCAACACCUCGUAUUGCACAGUAUCCUUUUGUUCACAAUAGUAGAAGACUUCGCAAAUUUAAUAUUCUUGUCUUCGACUGGGAUAAAUGUUUAGACAUGUUGAAUUCUGAUGAUUUUCAAAUGAAUAUUACAACUGAACAAGAUAUUCGAUUUAUUAUCUAUCUAUUUAAUAAUCAACAUCAACAACAAAUUGAAGCUCGAUUAAGAAAAUUACCAUUUCUUAUGGAUCACAUGGGAAAACUUCGAAUGACAAAAGAAAUCUUCAUACCAUCACACUUUAAUAAUACAGAUUGGGUAGAAACAAACGAUAUAGAUCCCUAUGUACAUGAUAAUAUAAUGUUAUGGCUACAAACUGAGCCUUUAAUCUUUAAAUGGCUUAAAUCAUUGGGUGUAAUGGAGAAAACAGAUGAAAUAUUUAUAAAUCAAAAGAUUAUACCACGUGUGCAUAAUUAUAUAACAUUAGAAAAUGCUCUACCUACUGUAAAGAAACUAUUUAAUAGUUUUCAACGUGGUGAAAUACAUAAUGAUCUUUUACAUAAAUUAAAUAAACUGAAAUUAUUUUCUCUUGAAAAUACUUUAGUAUCUGCUGAUGAAUUAUAUUUUUCUGAUGAAUAUUUACCUCGUCUUUCUUUAAGUAAUUUUCAUCUGAAUACGACAAAAUUUCUUUCUCCAAUCUAUUUAAAUGAAAUUAAUAAUAUUCCAAAUAAAAUUAAAGAAUUUUUUCUUUUAUUAAACGUACAAGAAGAUAUUAAAUUAAUUCGAUUUAGUGAAGAUCAACAUAAUGAAAUUGUUUCAGCCUAUCGAUUUAAACAGACAGAAAAUCUUUUUCAAUACAAUUCAUUACAAUUUCAAUAUUGUCUAACUCUUCCAUUUCUUGAUAUUACUCAAACAAAUUAUGAUUUUGCUCUUUAUUUUUGGCAACAUGUUAUAUAUUCAAUUAAUAACAAUCAACUAAAUGAAAAAGAAACACUCAUUUGUAAUCAACAACAAUUGCGUAAAAUUGAUAAUUUACCUUAUUGGUUCGUGCGUGCACGAUCUUGUAUUCCAACUACUACAAAACAAUUAUUAAAAAGUACAGAUGUUUUUUCAAGUGAUUUAAAAUUAAUUGCUGGUGAUUUAUUACCUGUCUUUGCUUGUACUACUUCUAUACCAUUUUCUGCUGUUUGGCAACGUUUCUUUCAAUUUAAAACUGAAUUUUCCAUUCAAGAUCAUAUUCAAUUAUUAAAUUUAUUGUAUGAUCGUUUAAAGAAUAUUUCUCUUGAUGAUGAAUAUGAAACAUGUAUCCAACGUGUUUAUACUAGUAUGAUCAAAUGUCUUUCAAGUUUUGAUAGAAAAUAUUUUGAUCAAUAUCGACCAAAAGCACCUUUAUAUUUACUUAGUACAAUAAAUAAUGAAUUUCUUCCUUCAACAAAUCUUGUUUUAUCAUUAAAUAAAGAUAUUAUUUUACCUAAUCAAAUUCCUCAAUUGAAAUUAAGUACAGGAAAUUCUCGUGAUUCUAAUUUAAUAUGUUUUCUUGAUUUUUUUAAUAUACGACAAAUUGGAAUCAAUGAUUUAACAUUAACUUCUAAUAUUAAUGCACAACCUUCACUUUUCUUACGUGCAAAAUUACGUGACAUGCAAGUAUAUUUAUUUGAAUUAACCAAUUCUCGAAAUAUUAAGAAUCAUUGUAUUGAUUAUGAUCUAGAAAUAUUCGAAGUCGAUCGAUUAGAUUUAUACUAUAAUGAAACAAUUCCUGUUCUACAAAUACAUAUUCAUAUUAUUGAUAAUCGAUUAUAUGUUACACGACCUUGGAAUUCAAAUGAAGUUAUGUUAAAAUUACCUCAAAUUCUUUGUAAACAAUUCAAAUUACCAUUGAAUAUCGAAUCAGAUAUUCGUCAAUUUUUGCUCAAUGAAACAAUCAUUCAUUCGAUGACGAUGAUGCCUAGUUCACUAAAGUCUUCAAUAGAUUUACUUAAUAUCGAUGGAACUCGUGGAAAAUUUGCUAUGAUUAUUGAUCGUGAUAAUGAACAACUUUUCAAUCAUCUAGGAAUUAUCAAUACAACAAGUUCAGCUGAACUUCUUAUUAAAGCACUUAAUGCACAAAUUUCUCCAUUUGCUGGUUAUGUAUAUCAUUAUACACAUUUAGAAAAUGCAGCUUCAAUUCUUCGUGAUCAUGCUAUAAAAUCUCGUAAUAAUUUAUCUUCUAAUAAUUUCAAAGAUUCAGCUGCUAAAGAUGUUAUUCAGAAAACUCGUAUUGAAGUUAAGGAUUAUGCUCGUUUUUAUUUUCGACCAUUAACACCAACACAAUAUUGUAAUGAAAAUCUUGGUUUACCAAAUCUAUCGAAUCAAUAUGGUAAUCAACCUAUGUGUCCAAUACCAAUUAUUUUUCGUAUUGAUCUAGCAGCUAUACUUUCUAUCAAAGAUAUUCAAUGGAAAGUUAGUUUAGGUAAUAUGGCAAGUCCUCAAACUGAAUUUGAUAAUACAUUAAAUAUUGUCAAAAGAUUUGAUUUUCAAGGUGUAUUUUUUGAUAUAUGUACAGAUCGUGGUAAAUAUAGUUCACAACAAGAAUUUCUUAUUAAAUCACAAUUAAAUUUUGAUCAACUUAAAGAAGAAAAUAUUACAAUUAUAUUUCAAGAUGAAAAUGCACGUUAUAGUUUAGAACGUAUGAUUUUAUAUGAUUACCCUUCGAAUAUUGAUACAACAUUCUUUUAUGGUUUUAAUUCUCGAAUAAUAAUAAGAAAUUCUACUGAUAUUGAUAAUGCAAUUGAUGUGUAUAUUAAUGACUCAGAUUCAUCAAGAGUUUAUGGUCGAUUAAUUCUACAAUUGUCGGGUCAAAAUGAAAAUCGAACAAUACAAGGCAUUUUGAAUGCAUCCUUUCAACGAGGUAACAUAUUAACCGUUUAUACAAACCAACAAUUUUCGUUUAUUAAUAAUAUAAAUGAUACUCAAUAUGCUAUCUUUUAUGAAUACGAAAAUCAAGUAUGGCUUAUUCAUACAAAUUCACCUCAAGUACAUUUCAUUUCACCAACAUAG